AUGUUUGGGGCCGUCCCCAUCAUCAUCAUCCGAUGGGCCUGUCAUAUACCCUUCUUCAUGACGACGGCAUCCAAAGGUUAUUACAACGGCGCUGUGAGCCUCGGAAACUUUUACGAUACUCUUCCUCAUGGGCAUGCAUUUCUGAACGGAUUAGCCAUCACCGGGUACAUGUCGUACAUUGUAUCCUUUUGGAACUUCUUCAUGUUUGCAGUUACGGGAUUCGCAUCCGUCGGCAACAGCUUCUCGAUUUUGGCCGCCGUUGGUCUCGUCGAUCUCAUCUUUGCAUUAGUACUGAUGACCGGGGUUAUAAUGGAGUCGCAGUACUUGCCCGUCAACCUCGGAAGUUGCCAACACGCGACGAGCUGGAGACCGAAUGCAAAUGGAAGGUCUUUCUUUCAAGCGGCGCAGUCGCUGAGCGAAUUUUUGGAAUAUCGCGAACCUGAGGCUAUUUGCCGAGGCAUGGUUGAGACCUGGGCCAUGCUCGUGGCCGUGGUCGGAAUGCUUUUUAUCACGGCCUUCCUCAAUAUUCGACUUGGGCUAGGCGAAGUACCAAUCGACUGGAGUUCGUAUGUGCCAUCUAGGGCUACUCUUUUGGGGUAUUGGCCAAGCGGUGUCCAGUGGUCUAAUUAUCACCCUCGAUUCGAAUCAUUUCGCGAAUGGGUUUCACGAUGGGGAGACAAGACGCCAAAAGCAUAUGCUCCGGUGGAUUCGGAGGAAACGUUGGUCAGGGAAGAUGAAUCAGAAUCCAAGGAUCAUGUCUCCGAUUUGGAGUCAGAACUUGGGGAAGUACGAAAGAGUGAGGACAGGGUCUAA